AUGGUUAGAAAACAAAAAAGCAGGUUCUAUGCAAAUAAGUUACAGUCUACUUUCAUUAAGUACAGAUGGCAAAAUUUUAUUAUGGGAUAAAUUAGAAGAAAAUGUGAACUAAAAUCCUUUAUAAUAUCCAACAAAGGGUUAUUUUUUAGUUCGAAAAAAGAUGGUGCAGUUGUAAGUGUAGGUGGCUUAUGUUUUGCACAGUCAAAUGAAGAUAAGAAUACAUUCGUGAUCGGUUCUGAGGCUGGCUCCGUAUUAAGAGGAGUAAUAACAGGUUCAACUAUGGAUUCUAAGAAUAAAAAUAUAUUAGAAUAGCAAUAGGGGAACACGAAAAUAACUUGGAAAUAAAAUACAAAUAAUUUUAUGAUGAAUAUAUUCAACAAAUAUAUUUUAGAUAUAAAAAUGCAUGUCGAAAAAUACUGUUUAAAUAAAGGACUAAAAGAAGUUGAUUGUGAAAAUAUUUUCUCUUCUAAACCUGAUAUUCGUAAAACGUAUAUUAAUCCUGUAGCUUUUGCUUUUGAACCUCAUAUAGGUCCUGUUUAUUCUAUUUAAUUUUCACCUUUUAUUAGGAAUUUAUUUAUUACAGCUUCUUUAGAUGGUGCUGUUAAAUUAUUUGAUCUUUUAUACGCUAAACCUCUUUUUAAUGUUGAUAAUUUUGGUAAUUAUAUUUUUAAAUCAUAAUGGUCACCUACAAGGGCAUCAGUUUUUGGAACAGCACUUUCAAAUGGAGAAGUUCAUUUUUACGAUUUAUUGGAAAAUAAAAAAGCACCCGUUUAUAUUAUUGAUGGUAAAGACAUGGAGUAAGGAAGUUAAGCAAUUAACAUUAAGUUUAAUUUUAAAUAAAACGAUUUAGUAGCUGUUACAUACACUAAAUGCAAAAUAAAAAUUUAUUAAUUGUGCGAUUAUUUAGUUUAACCGAAAAAGGAUGAACUUUAAAAGUUUUAGCAAUUAAUUGAUGAAUUUAAAAAUUAAUGA